GGGUGGGGGUUACCCUUGCUGCGAGGUGGUUCUUGGCUUCGCCCCUUCCCUGGAAGACGCCGUUACCGGACGCUGGGCCGCAGCCCUUCCCUGGGUUCCCGUCGGGUCUCCCUGGAUGUGGGGGCCGCGGGCCUGCUCCGAGCCAGGUUCCCAGUGUGUCGGCGUCUGUCUUACCUCAACACAAACGGAGCAUCACCCAGAGCAUUGUACCAUAUUCAUCCUGACUAAUCUUUUUAAGACCUUGCUCUGUUUCACUCCCUCUCUUGAGAUAGGUUCAUAAUACUGAAAUAAGCCUUAUGAUGGGGUAGCUGCCUCAUGAGUAAAAUAAACUUGCAUGUUCAGAUGCCAGUCUUCAAACAAUCACAACAUCUGACAAUGAAAUUGCAUAUUUCACAAUGAAAUACAACCCAGAGUGCUGUGCCAAUGCCAGUGCUAUGCUGUGUCCUUAACUGUUCAUUCACAUGCACUGCUCAAAACCUGGAGAAGUAUGCAUCUUAAUUUUGGAGCUCAGAAAAACUAUGUUACUACUUAUCAAACCAAAUCCUGCUUCCUGGGAAAAGGAGGGAAGAAAACCAGGCAAAACCUGGCCUAAGUAACAGUAAAUGCAUUGUUAGCUAUUUUUAUACAGUGCUUUUUUUAAACUAGAGGCGCUUCAACUUAAUCUAGCAAUAAGUUGAGGUUAGACUGGCUAAAAAUAAUUUACUUUUCCUUGAGCAGCUAUUCUCAGAAUGUCCUGUCUUCUAAAACUUGUGAGAUCUGCAGAGAAUGUCAGGGCUGUUUAUUUUGGGCUGUUGGAAGGGAGGUGGGUCUGGGCUGUUAGCAGAGCAAAGGCUGCUUGGGAGGAAAGCUGCUGCUUCAGCACCUUGCUCCUUUUGCUGUAGGUUAAUGAUGGCAGAUCAAGGCGGUCUGCAGUGUGCUCUGUGCACACCUAUUGCCUGCCCAAAGGCUUUGUCUCCCAUUUUCAGUAUUAUAUGAUAGAACAGCAGUGUUGCCUCUAUCCCGUGUCUGGGAUGAUAAAUUCAGCGUUGAUUCUGUGCUGCGGAAAAGUACACUUGAGCGUUGAGUGAGGAGCACCAGAGAGGAAGGAGAAGCUGUAGAUCCAUAAUUUAAAGUGUUUGCUUAACCUUGCUCAGGGAAGAGCAAGGAUGACUUCUGGUGGUUGCUGGCAUUGUGCUCAAGUAGUUCAGGUGGAGGCUUUGUGGUGGGAUAGCUUCCUAUGAGGUGGUGGUGACAGGACUGUGCCUAUAGAAAGGCAGCUUCCAGCCCUUUGUAAUGAUCAGAUUUAUCUAUUAACCCCUGAAAAGCAUCUAGGAACUUUGUCUGGAUUUAUUGUCUCUAUAAAAACAACAGAAAGCUUUGGGUUGUAGGACAACAAAGAAGCUGCCAGACUGAAUUAAAUGAGUUGCCUGGUUAGUGCAGUGUCCUGUGUUUAAAUGGCAGCUGGUGUUGAAUGCCCAGCAGAAGGCACCGGAAUUACUGCAGCACAUUGCCAUGCAGCUCUCCUGGCCUUGGGGAAGCUUCUCUUGCUUAUUCCUAAUUGUCCAUCUUUGGUUUUGAGGCAUACAGAUCAACUGGCUUCAGCAGUGCAAGCGGUGAACUCGUGGGGAAUGGUGUGAAGAUGUCUCGUGCAGAAUCUAGAUAUUCCUUUGAUGUCCCAAACCCUUGCAUCAACUUUGCAACUCUGAAUGAUGAUGAUGAUGAUGAGGCACACAAAGCAGAUGCCUGGUUUGACCAAAAAGCCAAUGCAGAAAACAUCCCUCCUGCAGAAUAUGUGGCACAGGCCUCACAGAACAGCACUGCUUUUUCAAAGCCUGAUAUUAUUCAGUCUUCUGUCACACGACAAGGAAUAAUGAGUGAGAGCCAUGCUGAAGAGGACAAUGAAGCAGAAAGUGUGCAAGCCAGUGCAGUUCCUCCGAAUAUCGUUGGAUCCCUGACGAGCUGGAGAGCUGCUGCUCCUGCAAAGGCCUCUCAGAGAGCGGGUAGAAGACAGGCUACAAAGCAGAGAAAAGCACAGCAACAUAAAGGGCUGGAUGGAAUCGAAGUGACAAGAAAUGCUGAUACCCAAGUUAACAAGGAAGAGGUUCCACCCCUGAAAAAAAUGAGAGUCCUUAGAGUACCAGGGCAAACUAGUCGAUCUGUACCUGGGCCUGUGAUGAGUUGUAGCAGCAGAGAGAAGCUGACAGAAGUAUCUGCAAAGAGAGCGCCCCUGCAGGGUCCUGCCCGCUCCCCAGGGAAAGGGAAAAGCAAACUGACCAUGCCCUCCACGCCAACAGUGCUAAAGAGGACCAAUCUUUCUGGCAAGCUGAAGAGCACAGAGGAACAGGAGCUGGAAAAGAUGCAGCAGUUGCAGAAGGAGGUUAUGGAGCUGCGGAAGAAGAACGAGGAGUCUCUGAAAGCAGCUAUUGCUGGAGCAGGACAACUUGUGAAGAGAACUGCUGGUCAAGUAACAAAGCCAAUAGACUUCCACUUCUGCACAGAGAAUAGAAUUAAACAUGUAGAAAGCCAGCCUGGGAACGAGUACAAGGAACUGGAUUUUGCAGCAGUACUGAGAAAGCAUCCUCCUUCUCCGGUGCAAAUGCCGAAGGGACCCACUGUCCCCAAACCUUUCAAUCUGUCCCAGGGAAACAAAAGAAAACUUGAAGAAACCACAUCAGAAUAUGUGUCCCUUGCUGAGCAGGUGGAAGCAUUCCAAAAACGCACGCCCUCUCGUUACCAUUUGAGGAGCAGGAAAUCUGAUGAAGGCCCAGUUCCAGCAAAGUUGGUGAAGCCUCGGCUUACAAAGCCCAAAACGCCAGUGCUUCGGACGAAGCAGCGCUUCAGACCUAUCACCUGCAAAACUACAGCAGAGUUAGAAGCAGAGGAAAUUGAGAAAAUUAAACAGUACAAAUUCAAAGCACAAGAACUCAAUCCCAAAAUCUUUGAGGGUGGACCACUCCUGCCCAAGAAACCUUCUGUGAAGGACCUCACACAACCCAUUGGCUUUGAGUUAGAAACUGAAAAAAGGAUUCAGGAGCGUGACAGUAAGAAGCAGCAGGAGGAAGAGCACUUUGAAUUCCAUUCCAGGCCAUGUCCAACAAAAAUCCUGGAGGAUGUUGUGGGUGUUCCAGAGAAGAAGGUGCUUCCUAUUACAGUUCCCAAGUCUCCAGUCUUCACCUUAAAAAGCAGAACCCAAACAUCUAGCAGAGAUGAAAAGCAGGAGAUGUUCAGCCACUUCCUAAGAAGCAGGCCUUCAGUAUGUGUAGCAGUUGCUCUGGAAGACAAACAAGAAAAAGAGGUGGUUCCGGUGAUCAGAGCUAACCCUAUGCGACAUUAUGGAGUGCCCUUCAAACCUAAAAUGCCAGAGCAGAGGCACGUGGAAGUUUGCCCUUUUUCUUUUGAUGCCCGUGACAAAGAGCGGCAGAUACAAAAAGAGAAAAAAAUAGAAGAGUUGCAGAAGGAAGAGGUGCCAAAGUUCAAAGCAUUACCUCUACCUUACUUUGACCAUGUUCAGCUGCCAGAAAAGAAGGUCAAAAACCCAACUCAGCCAGAGCCAUUCAAUCUGCAGGUUGAUGAACGGGGAGCUGCCAAGCUGCAGAUCUGGAAACAGCAGCUUGAAGAAGACUUGAAAAGGCAGAAAGAGGCAGCAUGUUUUAAAGCUCGGCCUAACACAGUGGUGUACCAGGAGCCUUUUGUGCCUAAAAGGGGAAAUAAGCCGUUAUCAGAGAGCCUUUCUGGUUCUGUAGUUCCUGAAAGCUUUGAGCUGGCGACAGAAAAGAGAGCUAAAGAGCGGCAAGAAUUUGAAAAACGAUUGGCAGAUAGAGAAGCCAUACGGGAGAGGUGUCAAGAGAGGCUCAGGCAGGAGGAAGAAGAGCGUGAAAAGGAAGAAGUUGCCAAGCUAAGACAAGAAAUGGUUCACAAGGCAAAUCCAAUACGCAAAUACCGCAACGUAGAAGUGAAGCCCAGUGAUCAGCCGCUGACUACACCAAAGUCUCCCAACUUUUCUGAUAGAUUCCGAUGCUGACGUGCAUCCAUGUGAUAGCAGGAUGGAGCUCCCAUCCUUCUCUACUGCCUUGACAGGCAGAGAGUGAACAGUUGUUACUACCUGACUCCUCAGUCUCAAUUGUUACACUUGGUUCGAUUAUUGUUAUGUUGAGUAGUUUAACUCCACCUGAGGCAGGUGACUGAGGCACAGUGUACAGGCAGUACCGAACAGCAUUGCUUCACAUCUAGACCUCUUGUUUUCUAAAGACCGAACCAGGUUUUUGGUAUUGUAUACAAAUAUUGUGUACCUGAACUAAUAAAAAUUCCUAAUCUAA